AAAGUUAUUCGGUGCCACAGCUUUGCCACUAGAGCAAAGCCUCAUUGGCGGUGUAAUUUUAAGAUUGCUAAUUAGGAUUUAUUCCAUCUAAUUAGUGAAUAAUAAGACAUAUAAUUUGGGAUAGAUGCACGAUGAUUGAUUGAUAUAUACAAUUAUUAACAGGCAUGAACCAUACUAGUAUAAAUAGGUGCAAGAGAUCGAUACCUGGCCACCAUCAUCCACCACAUCUCUAAAUCUAAAUCUAAAUCAAUUAAGCCAUGGCCAACCAGCUUGUUCAAACCUUAACUCCUCUCCUCGCCUCCAUCGCCCUCCUCCUCGCCGUUUCCAACACGGCGUUGUCCCAAACGACGUCCUUCACCUACGACUUCUGGGGCGACCAGCCGAAAGAUCUCAUCUAUCAAGGCAGCGCCCAUUUCCCGACGGACUCCACCUUCCUCCGCCUCACAGACGCACAGCCCUCACAAGUCGGCCGCGUCUUGCACUCGAACCCGGUCCAAUUCUCGCAGUCCGGUGGGCAGGUCGACUUCGAAACCACUGUGAACUUCAUCAUCACCCCGGGCGCCGACAACGAGCCUGCCGACGGCCUCGCCUUCUUCAUUGCCCCCGUCGGCUCCACCAUCCCCCCUGGCUCCAACGGAGCCAACCUCGGAAUCUUUGGCUCCAACGGCAACAGCCCCUCGGUCUUCGCCGUCGAAAUCGACACCUACGUCAACGGCGCGUGGGAUCCGCUCUAUCCCCACAUCGGCAUCGACUUCGGCUCUAGGGCAUCCAGCAACACGACGAAGGUCGACAACUCCAUACUCGGGCAGCAGGUGACUGCGCGGAUCAACUACGUCGGAGCCACAAGGAUGAUCUCCGUCAAAGUCACCGCCGGCUCGCAGACGUUUGAUGUCAACUAUGAGUACGAUUUGAGCGACUUUGUUCCUCAGCAGGUUCAGGUCGGGCUAUCCGCCGCCACCGGACAACACGUCGCCGUCCAUGACAUCGUCUCGUGGUAUUUCACGGCCACCAUGGUGCAGAAAAAUGCCGCGGUGAGGUUCAGGAAGGAGCUGAACGGCAACAUUAUCCGUCAAUUUGUGUGAUUUUGUGAUGUGUGUAUGUGUGUGUGUGUGAGCAUGUGUGUCGUAAAUCAAUAAGGACUAAGCGAUCGAGUCUGCUCGCGUUAAGUCUACAAAUAAGACGAUCAUCAAUCGGCCAUCUCUAUGUAUAAACUAUGCAAGAAUGCUUUUGGGUGUGUCUAGUUUUGUGGUCUUUGCAAGGUAAUCAAUGGAAGAUUUCUAAAAGGACCUUUAUCGAACA